CAGAUGCGCAGAAGGACGCACAGAGCACAGAAUGGAGACCCUUAUGGAGAGGUGGAGCGUUUGUCGAGCUCUCUGGAACAAUUUGUUAUCAAAGGCCUUAAUCUAAUCUCCCGUUAAUUUGUAAAUAUAGCCGCUGAUAAUCCACAUUGACCGUCCGUGCGUUCGGUAUGAGUUUCCACGGUAUUCGCUCGUUUACAACGUGACGUACUAUGACGCCGCCGCAAGUGUCUAACCUAAUUGGGAUGUUCCUGACGUAAGAUAGUCAGUAUUAUAUCUGUAUUGGAUUGCCCCCCAAAUCACGUUAAACGAUGAGCGAUGCGUACCAAGGGCCUGCUACUGUUGCUGAUUUGCAUAGCAGGGAGCAGCAUCGUUUUCAUUGCUUUCAGCAAUCAACGACCUUCCAUUCAGACCCUAGUGACCGAAACUCACAAGCAGCUACGGAGCUUCCAGGAGAAUUUAAAAGAUGUUGAGGAGAAGCGUCUGGUGACAGAUUCCAAGUACCUCGCGUUGCUUGGUCUGGAUGGGCAGACCAGCACGACACCAGUCAGUCUUAAACCUCAGAAUGUGACGGUUGUGUCGCUCGUAAGGCCUGGAAACGAGCAAUAUAUUUACGGCUUCGUUAGAAAUGUCAGCCAUUUUUUGCCAAAUAAUAGUAUUGUGAUUUAUAGUGUUGGUUUAAGUGAGGAUUCCUUACAAAGUGUUAGAAUCGCUUGUAAUUCUACGAGAUGUAAUGUGAUUCACUUUGAUCUAAGCCCAUUUCCUGCUCACGUCGAAGACGACACGCUGCAUGUUUAUAGACCUCUAGUUAUUCAAACAGCUUUAAAUACGCUAGGUAACAUAAUCUAUAUGGACUCAAAUGUACGUCUGAACUCGUCAGACAUUUCGAAGUAUCUCUCUCCAAAAUCUGGCAUUUUGACUUGGCCUACGAGGCACGCCAUUAGUUCCCUAACGCAUCCAAAGAUGUAUGAAUACUUUCAUGCCUCCGCUGAGAGUUUCUUCUUUCUCCCACUGAUUAGAGCGUCGCACCUAGUGAUUAGCAAUAUUAAAGACAUUAGAGAGAGAGUAAUGCUACCUUGGGUCCAGUGCGCACUGACGAGAGAUUGCAUUUCUCCUAUUGGUGCGCAAUCGGCGGGCUGUAGAUUCAAUAAAAAACCACAGUACCGGUACUCCGGCUGUCACGCGUACGACACCUCUGCAUUAAAUAUAGUUCUUGGAUUGCAUUUUAACUUUGAUGAUGCGCGCUACGUACAUAAGGAGCGGGAGACGUACUUUAACAAGAUCCAGCCCGAGGAGAUCACCGAGGAGUACUUAACGAUCACGCGGCAAAACAAUGCCACUGAGACCAAUGUUAAGAGUUUCAUAUCUGAGCAUUAAACUUUUUUCGAUCUCAAUUUACCUUAGAUGAUAUGUCGAACAAGCACAACUUAAUUUAAGAUUGUUAAGCAUUGACUUAAAUUAUAAUAGAACAGCAGAAUGAGCAAAUAA